AGAAAGGUUAGAUUAGAUGUGUCCUCGUUUGCUGUUUCUCUGCGGCCGGUAGACAGAAGCGCCUCUUCCAAAUGCCUAUCCAAAACAUCCGAGUGGCGGAUGAAGCGACGGCUGCCUGCGCCAGGGCGGGAGACGAGUGCAAGGCGCUGGUGGGCUCGUUGAACAAGCUGACCGGCUGCUACCGGCACCUGGCCACGGGGAUCGGGGGCUCGUCCGACUCGCCGGAGCUGCGGGACGAGUUGAGGAAGACCAGGGAGAGGACACAGGACCUGGCCGUGGCGGUGAGGAACAAACUGACGGCGGUUCUGCGGGACAAGGCGCUGGCCGGGGAGGAGAGGGCGGAGAUGGAGAGACUGUGGGUCAUCUUCUGCUCCAGCCUGGAGCUGUUCCAGGUGGACAUGUCUAAAGUGCUGGAGCUGGGGCUGGGCUUCCCCCUGGUCCGUACCGGGGUGUCGGGAGACGCCUCGGGUGUUGCAGCCCGGGCGCUGAGCGUCCAGGACAUGUCCCACCGCGGCUCCACGGACCCUCGCAGUCGCAGCUGCAGUUGCAGCCCCGCGGCGGCGGAGCAAGAGGAGCUGAGGGAGCAGAUCGACAAGGUGGACAGGAUGGUGGAGAACAUGGAGAUGAAGGUCAACGUCCUCCGCUGGACGGUGGAGUCCAAGGGGGACGCCUCCUACCUGUCGGCGCUCAGCAACGACGCCUCGUCCGUGGCCCUGCUCUCGGUGGACGAGGAGAGCCGGGGCUGGUGGUGCUGUGGCCGGGGCAGGUGCCUCGGCUCCAUCCUGUUCUGCACCGCUGCCCUCGCCGCUGUGGUACUCUCGCUCUGAGUCGCCGUGAGUCGCCCGAUGUCGCCGUGAGUCGCCCGCUGUCGCCGUCAGUCGCCCGCCGCUCGCCGACUCCUCGCCUUUGACUCUCUUGAACGUGGAUAAACUUUAUUUCCCAUUUGAGAGAAGGGAAGAUUCAAACAAGAGGACAUGAUUUGAGAAUUAAGGAACAAAAGUUUAGGGGUAACAUGAGGGGGAACCUCUUUACUCAUAGAGAGUGGUAGCCGUGUGGAAUGAGCUUCCAGUGGAAGGGGUGGAGGCAGGUUCGAUUUUAUCAUUUAAAAAUAAAUUGGAUAGGCAUAUGGACGGGAAAGGA